GUCAUCUUGCAAGAUGUCAGUGCAUUGACACCCAUUUCUAUCACACUCUUAUGGGAAAAUGUGUACGGAAAGUUCCAACAAGUGGUGAUUGCACAUCUCUGGAUAUUUGCGCUGAUGAUAACGCAGAGUGCAUACGAGACAAAUGUUUUUGUAAGCAGGGAUAUGCUCUUCUCAACAACAAAUGUGAGCCACGGUUUGGCAUUGGCGCCCCCUGUCAAGAUGAUGACCAGUGCGCUGAUGGUAAUGCAAGGUGUGAUCAGCAGUGUAUUUGCAAGGAAGGAUUCUUUCCCCUCAAUGAAAGAUGUGUACAAAAGCCAGAUGUGGGUGGAGCUUGUGAUGGCCCCUCCUACCAGUGUAGUGAUGACAAUGCCAUUUGUCAGAAUGGCACCUGUCAAUGUGUCAUCACUCAUUACCUCAGUGGCAGAAGAUGUGGUGAGUAA